GUUGGGGAAACAAAAAUUGAAUUUGAAUUUAAAUUCUGAAAAACAACAACGAGAUUACACACAGUGUGACAAGUGGCGAAACGGGCUCUAGAAUUGCGCGAUAACCAGGAUUCAGUUUUUCCAAAGACUUCAAUCGAAUCCCUGGAAACCUUGGAAAACCCAAAAGGAUAACACGAGAGUAUUACCAGGACAAGCCAACAAGAUCAACAAUUAAAAUUCCUUCACAUUAUUCAAAGAAGAAUAUAUAUAUAUCACAAAGAUCAAUUAUCAAAUUGCUGCAAAGUGAAAAAGUCGUUAAAUGAAAACUGCCGCAUAAUUGAGGCAGGGCGUUGUCGUCGAUAACCAACAUGCGAACCUUAUGACCCAAUGGAAUAUUUAUUUAUUAAUGUAUGUAUAUAUACACCAGGCAUAUGCCAGGCACUGGAAAUCAGCAGAUCGCCACAGAGAACACAGAGAGCGGAAUUUGUAACAAAAAUCCCAUUAAAUAAGUGGGUGCUAAGGUGUGAUCUUGGAGUUUAAAAGCUUAAAAUUAAAGUAAGCUAAUAGUUUUGGACAGUAUAAAUGUAUAUGAUGAGAUAAACCAAGAGACUGCUUAAUGAAAAAGUGAAAUUGAACUGAAAAUUUAAUGUAUGAAUAACAUUUUUUAAAGAUUAUUUAAUGUAAACGAAAAAGACAAGAAUAAACAAGGCUUAAAUUAAGUUUUUGAGAACUGUGAACUGGAAAUCACCAGAUAUCAUAUUAAACCAAGAAAAGACUUGACAAAGUUGGUACAAGUUUAAAACUGGCUUACAUUAUAAACCCAGACGAUCUCGUAACCAAAACUCGGACCAGCAGUCCAUGCCACCCUUCGAAGAGGAUCAGGAACAAACCGAGGAGCAGCAGCAGCAUCACCAGGAGUUACCUCUGAAGCCGCCGCGCCGCAAGAGAGCAAUGAAGACUGGGAUCAGUGAUCAGGAAGCGGUUCAUCCGCCGCCGGCCGAGGAGCAUGAGGAAGAGCAUCUACUGCCGGAGACGGAGACGGAGACCCACAUGCACACAGCAAUGAUGAGCAGCAAUUUACGCUAUGCCCGGGCCAAUUUGAGCCACAGCAACCUGUUGCUGAGCCACCAGCAGAGCUCCUUUGACACAUCCACCGAGCGAACCGCCAGCAGUGAGACCCUGGACGUGUUGCCUGUCUCACGACGCCUGGCCUACCAGAUGCAGUUUCAGCAGCAGCAGCAGCAGCAGCAGCAGUUGCAGUUGCAGCAGCAGCAGCAGCAGCACCAACAGACGCGAUACGGGAUGCGGCAGCAGCCGACAUCGGCCUUGGCGAGUGCUCUGCAUGCCACUGCCAGGUUGGCGGCCAGUGUGGAUGCCUAUACGGCAGCUGCCACAGCCACAGCCACAGGCACAGCCACACCGACGGCACCCGGCGACAACCCGAACCUGAAUCCGAACCUCAGUCACCUCCAACAGCAGCAGCAGCAGCAGCAGCAGCACGCUCACAACCUGGCGAAUCUCAGAGCGAGCAGUAGGUAUCUCUACCACAGCCAGUUCAAUUCGAGUUCGCCGCAGUCGAGACGCUUCAACGCUUCGACAGUGCGAGAGGGCUCGCCGGCAUUCGCAAAAGCGGCAACAGCAGCAGCAUUAGCGGCCGCCUCGGCCUCCGCAGUAGCCCCACUAGCACCACUAGCACCACUCGCACCACUUGCCUCCAUAGCAUCGCCGUCCCCCAUCGCAUUCGCUGUCCCACCGCCACCGCCGCCGCCAUUUCAGUUGCGCACCUACCAACAGAACCAAUCCUCCCGCUUUCAGCCGCGUGGCCACCAUCGCACCGCCAGCAGCAGCAUGUCGCAGUCUGGCGAGGAUCUCCAUUCGCCCACCUAUCUCUCCUGGCGCAAGCUGCAGCUGAGCCGGGCCAAGCUCAAGGCAUCCAGCAAGACGUCCGCAUUGCUAUCAGGAUUUGCCAUGGUGGCAAUGGUGGAAGUGCAACUGGAUCACGAUACACAGGUGCCGCCGGGAAUGCUGGUGGCCUUUGCCAUCUGCACCACCCUCCUGGUGGCUGUGCACAUGCUGGCCCUGAUGAUCAGCACCUGCAUCCUGCCGAACAUCGAGACGGUUUGCAAUCUGCACAGCAUCUCCUUGGUGCACGAAUCGCCGCACGAGAGGCUCCACUGGUACAUAGAGACAGCGUGGGCCUUCUCCACGCUGCUGGGAUUAAUCCUCUUCCUGCUGGAGAUCGCCAUCCUGUGUUGGGUGAAGUUCUACGACUUGAGUCCGCCGGCGGCUUGGUCCGCCUGCGUUGUCCUCAUCCCGGUGAUGAUCAUCUUCCUGGCCUUCGCCAUUCACUUCUACCGUUCGCUGGUGACGCACAAGUACGAGGUGACGGUGUCGGGCAUCCGGGAGCUGGAGAUGCUCAAGGAGCAGAUGGAGCAGGAUCAUCUGGAUCAUCACAACAACAUACGGAACAAUGGCCUGCAGUUUGGAGCAUCCGGGGACAUUGUCUAGCAGGCAGUUUAGUGGGGAUCCAGCGGCGCUUUAAAAGACAUAUUUUUGCGGCUCAGGGCUCUAGCCUCUCA